AUAUAGUGAAUGCAGGGUCCGGGGAGACCAGAUAUAGUGAAUGCAGGGGUCCGGGGAGAGCGGAUAUAGUGAAUGCAGGGUCCUGGGAGACCGGAUAUAGUGAAUGCAGGGUCCGGGGAGACCGGAUAUAGUGAAUGCCGGGGUCCGGGGAGAGUGGAUAUAGUGAAUGCAGGGUCCGGGGAGACCAGAUAUAGUGAAUGCAGGGUCCAGGGAGAGCGGAUAUAGUGAAUGCAGGGUCCAGGGAGACCAGAUAUAGUGAAUGCAGGGUCCGGAGAGAUCGGGUAUAGUGAAUGCAGGGUCCGAGGAGAGC